GCCAUGGCGCCGUGUCCCUGCUCUCUCAGUUACUGAAAGUGGCCGCCUCUCUGCUGCUACCGACUCACGGUCUCUCUCCUCGCUCACAACCGCCAUUUUGGAGACAGAGAGCUGCGAGUCGGCUGCAACAGAGACAGAGCAAAAACGGCGGACACGGGGGACAAGAUUAAUCAUUUCUGGGACACUCAAUGUUGAAAUCGUGAAAUAUGAAGUUUCGCUCUCGAAAGUGAUCGGGCCCUUAACCUCUACCUAUGGCCUCAGAGCAGGAUGGUGUGGGAGACACCACAAGCUCAAAGUUGGCCAAACCACUUCACCUGCAGUACCUUGAGCGAUCCCUCCGGCUAGACACGUUCUUAAAGCAGACUGCUGCUGUGUUUAACCAGAAUAUUUCCAGCGAUGACAGCGAUGAUGGUUUGGGCGAGGGGUCUUCUCUGGCCUCGUCUAACCCACUGCUGGCAGUGAAAAAGGAUCACAUCAACCCUGAGAAUGAGAGCAAGGACUUCUGCAGAGAUAGAGAGGCAGAGUGUGGCACUCUCAAUGGCGCUGUGCUGCAAGAGUACAGAGCUGACAAGGCCAGUCUAUAUAACUUCUCAAAACUGAAGAAAAGCAGGAAAUGGCUAAAGGGCAUCCUGCUGAGCGAUGAAACCACAGAUUCCGAUACCGACUCGGAGGAUUCUGACUUCACAAUGUCACGGGAAGAGCUCCAGGACAUGCUGCGCCUGCACAAGUUCACCAAACUCCACCAGAGCAAGUUCCACUCUGACAGAGAGCUGCAGCACUAUCAACACUACAGCACAGGCCUCCUGUCCACUCAAGACCCAUUCUACGAGCAGCAGCGCCACCUAUUGGGCCUCAAGAAAAAGAAAAUCAAGGAAGAGAAGAAAUGUAAGGCCAAGUUAAAAAAGAUGAAAAAGAAGAAGAAAAGAGGAGAGGAGUUCUCUAUGGAGGGUCGGCCACACGUUACAAAAAUUUUUGCCAAGUUUUCUCAUGAUGCACCUCUUCCCAUGAUCAAAAAGAAGCACUUAACCAUCGAGCAGCUCAAUGCUCGCAGACGAAAGGUCUGGCUCACGAUUGCCAAAAAAGAAAUCCCAAAGGCAUUUAAACAGAAAGUCUCGGCAAGGAACUUUGUUUUAUCCAAUGCCAGAAAGUUGGCCCACCAAUGUAUGCGUGAGGUCCGGAGGGCUGCGAUCCAAGCACAGAAGAACUGCAAAGAGACUUUGCCGCGAGCACGCCGCCUCACCAAAGAAAUGCUGCUGUACUGGAAGAAGUAUGAGAAGGUGGAGAAGGAGCACCGCAAACGUGCUGAAAAAGAGGCUCUUGAGCAACGCAAACUGGAUGAGGAGAUGCGGGAGGCUAAGCGUCAGCAGAGGAAGCUUAACUUCCUGAUCACCCAGACAGAACUGUAUGCUCACUUCAUGGGGGGCAAGCAGAAUGCUGGGGGAGACGGCACACAGGAGGAGAUCCUACGCAAGCUGGAUGACAACACCUCCCAACGGCAGAUCGACAUCGGUGGAGGGGUUUUGGUCAAUGUCGGCCAGGAAGACUAUGAUAGUGAAUAUUACAAGUCUCAGGCCCUUAAAAAUGCAAAAGAGGCAUACCAGAUUCACCAGGCAAGAACUAGGUUGUUUGAUGAUGAAGCAAAGGACAGUCGCUGUGCCUCUCUGAAUGCGGCUAGCGUGUCUGGCUCUGGCUUCGGCGAGAGCUACAGUUUGUCAAACCCAUCUAUUCAAGCAGGUGAAGACAUCCCCCAGCCCACCAUCUUCAAUGGGAAACUUAAAGGCUACCAGCUCAAAGGCAUGAACUGGCUGGCCAAUCUUUAUGAACAGGGCAUUAAUGGCAUUCUGGCAGAUGAGAUGGGGCUUGGAAAGACGGUCCAGAGUAUUGCUCUGCUGGCUCAUCUGGCAGAGAGGGAAAACAUCUGGGGACCCUUCUUGAUCAUCUCCCCAGCCUCAACACUCAACAACUGGCAUCAGGAGUUCUCUCGCUUUGUCCCCAAAUUCAAGGUGUUGCCAUACUGGGGGAAUCCUCACGAUCGUAAAGUUAUUAGAAAAUUUUGGAGCCAGAAAACUCUUUAUACCCAGAAUGCACCGUUUCAUGUGGUCAUCACCAGUUAUCAACUGGUAGUACAGGAUGUAAAGUAUUUCCAGAGGGUGAAAUGGCAGUAUAUGGUUCUGGAUGAGGCCCAGGCACUGAAAAGCAGCACCAGUGUCCGAUGGAAGAUUCUCCUUCAGUUCCAGUGCAGGAACCGCCUUCUGCUAACAGGGACGCCGAUCCAGAACACAAUGGCAGAAUUAUGGGCCCUGCUUCAUUUCAUCAUGCCGACUUUAUUUGACUCUCACGAGGAGUUCAACGAGUGGUUCUCCAAAGACAUCGAGAGUCAUGCUGAAAACAAAUCUGCUAUCGAUGAAAACCAACUUUCCAGAUUGCACAUGAUCCUAAAACCUUUUAUGCUGCGCAGAAUAAAGAAGGAUGUGGAGAACGAGCUCUCUGACAAGAUUGAAAUCCUGACGUACUGCCAGCUGACCAGCAGACAGCGGCUGCUCUACCAGGCUCUAAAGAACAAGAUCUCCAUCGAGGACCUGCUGCAGUCGUCAAUGGGCACGGCCCAGCAGGCUCACAGCACCACCAGCAGCCUCAUGAACCUUGUCAUGCAGUUCAGGAAGGUUUGUAACCACCCAGACCUAUUUGAGCGUCAGGAGAUACGUUCGCCUUUCCACAUGUCCCUGAAGCCCUUCAUCAUGUCCAAAUUUCUUUUCCGACACGCCAUGUCUGACCACGGAAAGACCAAGCUGAAGCAGACUUUGCUCUCUCCGUUCUCUGCUCAACACAUUCAACAGUCCCUGUUUCACCGAAAAACUGACGAUGAAGGCAGCAGCUAUUCUUUCCUUCGUUUCAUCGAUGUGUCUCCUGCUGAGAUGUCCAACAUCAUGCUUCAGGGGACUCUAGCGAGGUGGUUAGCUCUGUAUCUGUCCUUCAAAUCGGCCUACCGGCUCCACCACAGCCGCCUGUGGGAUGAAGAGGUGCAGGAGAACGAGGCUAAAGGGAGAGCCCGGUUAGGCAAGCGGUUUCUUUCACACAGAGAUCUCAUCCUGUGGCUUAACCAGCCAACAUCUUACCCAAAUGUCCACAGGAGUCCUGUUCUACAGGAUUUGGUGUUUACGUCCACAGGGUCUUCGGUGAUCUGUCACACUGACGUGGUCAUCCAUAGCAGACGCUCAUUUACUCAAACCUUCAGACCAUGCCAGCCUACCCAGCCACCCAAGUUUUUACUCACCGUCACACCCAGGGUGACUUCAGUUCCCAUGGAACGCUACUGUGUGGAUCGCAGUGCCGAGUAUGAAUGGAGGUUAAUACGAGAUGGAGGGAGUCUCAUUGCCAAGCAGUGCUUCCUGUACGGAUCCCCCGAGCUGGCUAGCGCCUGGGCUCCACGCUCGCAGGCCUUCCUCCCUCAGAGCCCAGGGGGCGUCAUGUCCCUGCAGCAAAGACACGGCUGGUCCUUCAUUAGGAUCCCAGACAAAGAGUCUCUGAUCACAGACAGCGGGAAGCUUCACACUCUCGACCUGCUGCUGACUCGACUGAAGUCUCAGGGCCACCGAGUUCUCAUCUACUCUCAGAUGACCCGCAUGAUAGACCUUUUAGAGGAGUACAUGGUGUACCGCAAACAUACUUACAUGAGACUGGAUGGUUCAUCCAAGAUUUCGGAGCGGCGGGACAUGGUGGCUGACUUCCAGAGCCGGACAGAUAUUUUUGUCUUCCUCCUCAGUACGAGAGCCGGAGGCCUGGGGAUCAACCUGACAGCUGCAGACACGGUGAUCUUCUAUGACAGUGACUGGAACCCCACAGUUGACCAGCAGGCCAUGGAUCGAGCCCACAGACUUGGUCAGACCAAGCAGGUCACAGUCUAUCGGCUUAUAUGCAAAGGGACAAUUGAGGAACGCAUCCUCCAGAGAGCCAAAGAAAAGAGUGAGAUUCAGAGGAUGGUAAUAUCAGGAGAAAAUUUUAAACCUGACACCCUGAAGCCCAAAGAGGUGGUCAGCCUACUGCUGGAUGAUGAGGAGCUGGAGAAAAAAUUGCGUUUACGGCAGGAAGAGAAACGGCAGCUAGAGGAGAGCAGUAAGGUGAAAGAGCGGAAGAGGAAGAGGGAGAAGUAUGCAGAAAGGAAGAAAAAGGAAGAUGACCCAGACACUAAGAGGAAGAAGGAAGGUGUGAAUGUGGUCAUCCCUUUUGUUCCGUCUGCAGACAACUCCAAUCUGUCGGCAGAUGGAGAAGACUCGUUCAUCAGUGUGGACAUGGACUCUGCCAUGCCCAGCCCCUUCAGUGAGAUCUCGUUGAGCAGUGAGCUUCAGCCCAGCUCCAUUCCUGCAGACGAAAGCAGCAGCGACAUGCUGGUAAUUGUGGACGAACCUGUGUCUUCUGCUCAACAGUCCCGUGCCACCAACUCUCCCGCUUCCAUCGCCGGCUCUGUGUCCGACACCAUGAAUGGGGUCUCCUCUCAAGAUAUAUCCAGUCCAGGCAAGGGUAGGUCCGGUCGGAGUCGAGGACGACCCAAAGGCUCUGGAGGGGUCGGGAAGUCUUCUUCUGUGAGGAAAGGAAGAGGACGGAAGUCCACCGCGGGCAGUGCGGCAGCAAUGGCGGGGGCGAUGGCAGGGGCGGCAGCGGCGUCUGCAGCUGCGUAUGCCGCAUACGGCUACAGUGUGUCCAAAGGUAUACCAGCAACAGGCUCCUUACAACCAGCUCUCAUUCGGUCUUCAACCACACCUGCCUUUGUCCCAGCUGGCACCUCCUCCCCUCAGGCUAAAGGAAGUGCUGUGGCCACCAACUUACAGACUUUAGCCCACGGCAGUUCACAAAGCCAACACAACCCCACUAAGAGAAGCAAAGGACCCAGCAAUCACAGUGGGCGGUAGCAGCUUGUGAACAUUCGCUUUUCGAUUGUAGCAUGGCCAGUGCAUUAUCAGUCCCAGGUUGGCAAUUCUAAUGCUUACGAUGUUGAGCCAUUAUCACACCACAAGCCCUACUGUCACUGUGAAGCCCGACCUGAUGCCCACCCCAAUUUAGCAUCCAUUUGGGGUCUGGUGAAGAGGAACAGGAGGUUGCGCACUUUCCUAAAAGCAAAAACGAGUCUCUUUUACAUUGAAAAUUUGAUCUUCUGAAUAUGAAAUGUAACGAAUUGUUCCUUUGUACAGAAAAUAGCCAUUGUAAAGGCUGACAAUAGAGAUUAUUCUAGGGAGAUCUCAUUUUUGUUUUCUGAUAACCAAGUAAGCAAAGGGCAACAAAGCCAAAUGAGAGAUCAAAGUUUUCUUUAUCUUCUGGCACUGAUCAUGAAUGUUCAGCGUCGUUGUGAGCAGAGAUGAGUUGAAAUACAAACGGGGGAGGAAUGUUUAUCGAACACCCUCUCGAACAACGUCUUUACCUUGAACACAUAGGAACAGAAAAGACUGCUUUUGUAAAAUCGCUCUUAUUUUUGUAGGACAGACUUGUUGACAUUUGUUCAAUUAAAAUACCAAAUGGCCUUCUUUCUGUUUAUUUGCUUCAAAUUCAAAGAUUUUGGCUCAAAUACUAAUAUAUAUUUUCUCUUGGGAAAAAUACAAGAAAUCAAUGUUUUUUUGUAGUAAAUGUGAUGGAAAAAAUGUCUGAAGUGAGUGCUGCUUGAAAAACGUGUCACUGCUUAGAUCGUGACUUAAAAUAUUUGGAUGUGAAAUGCAUCAUAGCUUAAGUUAAAACUUGGUCAUUUAUGUGUGCUAGUUGUAAAUUGUAUCAAAGCCAUUUUAUUUUUAAAUAACAAUGAAAAGUCCAUAAUUUUGUUGCAUCUGUGAAAUAUGGCUAUGGUUUUGACGAAGGCCAUUUCUAGGUUUAUUUUGUCUUUAAAUGUGAUAAUUGUUCUACGGGUGUAAAUAUUUCAAGGGUAUCGUCCCUUUCAGAGUUCUCCAUUUUCCCGCAAUUGCUUGUCUAUUUUUAUAGGUCAGUGUAAAUACCUGAAGAAAAACCCAAACGGUUGUUUUACUAACUUGGAGAGAAAGAAAACCUUAAUAAACGUUGAUUCAGUGAUUUGAAAUUUUCACAUAGAA